AUGGGGGCCGUGCUGGGCGUCUUCUCCCUCGCCAGCUGGGUCCCAUGCCUUUGUGGCGGCGCGUCUUGUUUGCUGUGCGGUUGCUGUCCCAACAGUAAGAAUUCCACCUUGACUCGCCUCACCUAUGCUUUCAUCCUCUUCCUGGGCACCAUUGUCUGUUGCAUCAUGUUUCAUGAGGGGAUGGAGACUCAGCUGAAGAAGAUACCUGGAUUCUGUGAUGAAGGACUUAGUACCAGGAUUACUGAUAUUAUGGAUAAAGAUUGUGAUGUGCUGGUUCGUUAUAAAGCUGUGUAUCGAAUCAACUUCGCCUUGGCUGUUUUCUUCUUUGCCUUCUCUCUGCUCAUGUUAAAUGUGAAAACGAGUAAAGAUCCCAGAGCAGCGAUACACAAUGGAUUUUGGUUCUUCAAAAUUGCUGCCAUUGUUGGUAUCAUGGUUGGAUCUUUCUAUAUCCCUGGAGGCCACUUCAACACAGCCUGGUUUGUUAUUGGCAUGGUUGGGGCUGCCUUCUUCAUCCUCAUCCAGCUGGUGCUGUUGGUAGACUUUGCUCACUCUUGGAAUGAAUCAUGGGUAAAUCGAAUGGAAGAAGGGAAUCCAAGAUGCUGGUAUGCUGCUUUACUGUCUAUCACAAGCUUGUUUUAUAUCCUGUCAAUCAUCUUUGCCGGGUUGCUGUACAAAUACUAUACCAAACCAGAUGGCUGCACAGAAAACAAGUUCUUCAUCAGUUUCAAUCUGAUCCUUUGCGUGGUGAUUUCUGUUUUGUCAAUCCAUCCAAAAAUUCAGGAACACCAGCCUUGUUCCGGCCUCCUGCAGUCUUCUCUCAUCACCCUCUACACCAUGUACCUCACGUGGUCAGCCAUGUCCAAUGAACCUGAUCGUUCCUGCAACCCUGGCCUGUUGAGCAUCAUCACACACAUGACCUCAUCCACCCUGGCGCCUGCGAAUACAACUGCUCCAGCCCCUACCCCUGCUGUGCCAUCACAGAGUGGGCCUUCUCUGAAUAAAGAGAAUUUCAUUGGGCUCUUAGUCUUUGUUCUCUCCCUUUCCUAUUCUAGCAUCCGCAAUUCCAGCAAUAGCCAAGUCAGCAAGCUGACGCUGUCAGGAAGCGACAGCGUGAUCCUCCGGGAUGCGGCUGCCAGCGGCGCGAGUGAGGAGGAGGGUGGACGGCCGCGGCGGGCAGUGGACAACGAGCGGGAGGGGGUGCAGUACAGCUAUGCCGCCUUCCACCUCAUGCUCUGCUCGGCCUCGCUGUACACCAUGAUGACCUUGACCAGCUGGUACAGCCCUGAUGCAAACUUCCAGAGCAUGACCAGCAAGUGGCCAGCUGUGUGGGUCAAGAUCAGCUCCAGCUGGGUCUGCCUCCUCCUCUAUGUCUGGACCCUCGUGGCUCCGCUCGUCCUCACCAAUCGAGACUUCAGCUGA